AUGAGAUUUGAAGUCAGUGAUACCAAAAAGGAAAGGAACGAGAACGAGACCUGUGGAAUUAAAUAUUCAACAUGUGAUCGCAUGAAAACAAUAAUUAUGCCUCUUCUUAUAUUAUCCAAAAAGGGAGUUGAGGGGAACGGGGACUUCAAAAUAAGGCAAAAAGCUUUACGAGGUGUUUACACAUUUGAAUAUUCUCAACCGUCACAUAAAACUGAGAGAAGAUUUUUGUCAGGUCAUCAGAAAUUAUCAGCAAAACAUUUUCUGCUGACGCUUCCACAUCCGCAUUUGUGUGUUGUGUUGUUUAAACAAAAGUUUGGGAAAUCUGAUGCUUUUCUCUUCGCUUAUGUAAUGUUUAAGACACGCUUACUUUAUUUAAGACCUGACCAAAAACCGAAAAAUGACGAGCCUUUCGUGAUGUAG